UAUAAAUAAUUCUAUAAAUUAAUAUCAUUUGAUAUCAUUAUUAUAUAAAUAAGGCAUGUUUUAUCAUAUAUCAUUAGAACAUGAAAUUUUAUUACACCCUAGAUAUUUUGGACCUCAAUUAUUAGAUACUGUGAAACAAAAACUAUAUACUGAAGUAGAAGGUACUUGUACAGGAAAAUAUGGUUUUGUAGUUGCUGUAACAACAAUAGAUAAUAUAGGUGCAGGAAUCAUACAACCAGGACAAGGUUUUGUAGUAUAUCCAGUUAAAUAUAAGGCUAUUGUAUUUAGACCAUUUAAAGGGGAAGUAUUAGAUGCCAUAGUAACACAAGUGAAUAAAGUUGGAAUGUUUGCUGAAAUAGGACCACUUUCAUGUUUUAUAUCUCAUCAUUCGAUUCCAGCAGACAUGCAGUUUUGUCCAAAUAUAAAUCCACCAUGUUACAAAACUAAAGAAGAGGAUGUAAUUAUUCAACCAGAUGAUGAAAUAAGAUUAAAAAUUGUUGGUACAAGAGUUGAUGCCACUGGAAUUUUUGCUAUUGGAACAUUGAUGGAUGAUUAUCUAGGUAAAUAUUUAUUUUAUUACUCUAAUGAUUAAUUAAAAUUAUAUUGCUUUUUUUAAAAAAUAUAUUUCUGUUAUAGGA